AGGGAGAAGAAAACGGAGAAUACAAACCAUCAGCGUUUAUCAACGCCAUUAGUCAAGUUUGCUAUUUUCCGGUUAAAAUCGUUCAAAUUCCUCCAGAUUUACAAGUAAAACUGUUUUCAAACCAUGUCGAAAUACAUCACCGAAGAUGACAUUCCAGCGGGCUACUCGUCAGAGCUGGACGAGUACGAAUCGGAGCACGUCCAGGAUUUGCUGUUGGGGGCGGAGCCGUUCGAGAUCUAUGUCGGCAACACCGGCAAGGUGUCUUUUGAAAAGUUUUUCUCCUUGUUUAAGCCACAUGGUAUUAUCAAGGAUAUGACUUUUUGGCGGACGCACGACCACUUGUACCAUGCGCGGAUUGCUUACCGGUCGAAGGACCAGUCGGACAAGGCCAUCAAGUUAAUGAACAAUCGGAAGAUCUUUUCCAAACGUAUUCGAGUGACGUACGUCAAGGACCGGGUAGAAUUGGACUUUCCGGCCGCGAUACGGAUCGACGAUAUCAGUGCUGAUGUUACCGAAGAGGAUAUUUUCGAUCAUUUCCUUUCCUGUGGGGACAUUCGCUUCGUCAUCAAGACCGGAUAUGCUGCUUACGUCCAGUUUGCCACUUCGCCAUCUGCGGCGAGGGCGCUCGGACUGGAAAUGAUCCUGAAUGGGGAUCCUUAUUCGUUGACCAGGAUUUCGGCCGCUGAUAGGCUUGAUCACAUUCAGGUGAUAGAGAACAUGAAGGACAUCAAGUAUCGGAAACCGUUUGUGAUGGUGGAGAAUUAUCCGGAGUUGCCGAAGGGGACGCCGCUCUGCCGGUACAAGAGCAAUUUCGAGUCCGUUGGGCCGGUGAAGCAUUUUAAGAUAGCACCGACGACCGGCGGGACGGUUACGUUGGCUCUCUGUAUGGAUAAGGCGGACGAUCGGGAUAUGGUGAUAAAUCGAUUCAACGAUGCCAUCAUCAGCGAUAAGCGAUUGAAGCUCUACAUGGCUCCGGGUAAAGCCCGGAUGACGGUUAAACAUGUGACCAAGUAUGCCAUUUGCAAGAAUUCGAUUACGGUGGACUCUAUUCGUCCGUAUUACAAAGAAUACGAUGUCUGCAUGCUGUUCAGACGAUGCGGAUCGAUAAGCUUUCUGGAAAGGCUCGGAACUAGGUGGAUAAUCUGCUUUGAUAGCCCAUCGGCAGUUUCUCUAGCACGUAGCUUUCAUGUAUUCUCGUUGUACAAAAAAGAACUCGUUAUCAAAGAAUUAAAUCAGCAGACUUUACAAGCCGGGAAGGGUGAAAAACUGGAGGAUGCUGACGCUCAUAUAAAAGCCCCAGAGGAAAAGAAAAGGACUAAUAAAUCCAAGCCAGGGCAAAUGGACGACUAUCUUAAGCAGAUUGCAAAGAAAAUGGAUGAAAACAUCAAACAGAACAUUUUGCAAACCAGCAAAGUUGCUCCACUUGGUGCGGCUACCAAACAUCAAACUUUAGCCAGCCAGGCGAAGCAAAUCAAAGCACUAUUCAAUACUCGGGAAAGUCUUAUGGACGUAAAAGUUACUCCGGUGGUGCAGCCGAAACCAUCGACUUCGAAGCCGAACAAGCGCCCGGCCAACGAUAACGGAUCCGAUGCGCCAUCGGCACGGGCUCGUCAGAAUAGUACGAACGACCAAAAUCCGUUGAUGGAAGACUCCAACGACCUUUCCUGCAAGUUCCUCGUCACAAUGAGCAACCUGCCAAAGGGCAUCGAAGAGAACGACCUGCGCGAGCUUUUCCGGGACUACGAGAUGAAAAGUGUCGCUUUGUUCUGCAGUAAAGAUCUCUACUAUCCGACAUCGACUGCGUACAUAAGGCUCACCUCCAAGCAGGACACCAAGGCGGUCAUCAGUCACCACCAUGACAUGUACCGAGGAAAACGGGUCUGCAUCCAGCAUUUCCAACGGAAUUGGGAAUUCCUACCCGAGAGAAGUAUCAUGCUGAAGAAUUUACCUAAACACGUCACCGAGGAAGGCAUCUCGGAAGAGCUGGAAAAACUGCUAGGGCUAAAAGUGGUGGACGUCAUCAAGCCCGCGCACAAUUAUGCGUAUGUCGACUUCCCAGAAGAAGUUCAAAUCAAUAAAAUUCUUCUAAAUUCGCUUCGAAAUGCAUUGACGCGUUAUCAAAUAGACGUAUUUCCGCUAUACAAUAAGCUGCCCAAAAUGUGGAUGAAUAUUCGCUCGUUCAAAUGCAGACCGCUUGAGAAAAUGCGGGCGAUAUGCGGGGCAGUGAUUAAGGAGGAAGCAAAGGAUGACGAUGAGGAGUUCGGUGUGCACAAUGCUCACAAGUUGUUCGUCGGUAACAUUCCCCGGGACACGCAGGCCGAAGACGUAAUCGACUAUUUCAACAACUUUGGCAGCGUUAUCGACUAUACUCCAAUCGAGAAGAAGAGCUGCUACCUGCGCAAGUCGGCCAUCCUGGCCUUCAUGAAUUCGAAGCACGCCCAGAAUGCGUACUGCCAGCAGCCGCACUUCCUCGAGGGCAGCACGCUGGAUGUGCACCUAAUGGAUACCCCCCCGAUGCAGUUUCAGGAUGCACACAGCAAGGUGCUCACCGUCAAGUUCCACAGUCCAUUUUUAACAAACGAUGAAAUCCGUUAUGCUCUACAUAAGCUGGUCGGCAUAUUCUAUCACAUCCGGUUCGACGCGUUCGACGAUCGGGCCAACUUUGUGGUAAACUACAAACUUACGAAGCGCUUGGAGGGCUCGAUAGAUUCACUUUUCGAUAUGCAAUACAUUAACGACGAAGCGGUCAAGAUCGUCCAGGGUUUUGAUCUAACUCCUCCGAAGGAAGAUGAAGCACGAGAGAAAAAGAAUAUCUCCAACUCACCGUAUCGACAACAGAAGGAAAAAUAUCUGAGCUUUGCCGUCUAUAAGGAAAAUCUCAAGGAUGACAUGGAAGUGCGUUCGAGGCCGAUCAAGGAGGCGGACAUUCCCUUCAAGUCGUUCUACAACGAUAAUUCAGUACAAAUCAACAACGUCUCGGUGGACACCAGCUUGGAGGAUAUUCGGGAUCUGUUCAUCAAAUGUGGCGACAUCGUCGACUAUCGGGUCUUGCUGCUCGAAGAGGAUGCCAGUAAAAUUUGCUACGUCAAGUUCAAGAUAGAUCUAGCCGCCGAUUUGGCCUGUACGUACAGCCAGCGGAUGGUUAACGGGAAACGGAUUCUGGUGCACCUUGCGAAGGAGACCCUACAUGCGGAGCGUGAUCGGUCAGUCCUGGUAGAACGGCUGAGCCCAUCAACUACCGCCGAGCAACUCCACGCGGCAUUCACCCCAAUCGGUAUGGUCAAGUACGUCCAGAAGCAGUCUCCAUUCUCGGCAAUUGUGUGCUUCAAGGAUACGGACUGCAUGCUGGAGGCAGUUAACGUGACGGCAAUUCCCAACUCCGGAUCGUUUAUCAUCAAUCCCUGCUACGAAGAGUACGAUCCCCGUCUCUUCAAUAACUUCUCCUGCCAGGAAGAGUUCAUUCCGAUCGAGCGGAUGCGAGCAGCGCUCAAACCCCGGAUCCUGCCGGAAUUCCACCAGCUGGAACUGGAUCGGCAAGUGUUCGAAACCCUGCCCGAUGACAUCAAGACCCGACUGAUCAAUGAAGUAUUCCUCGCCCGGCAGCAGCUAUCCAACUUCAACAUACUCUCCAAGGACCAACAGAUCAACACUCUGAAAACGAAUUAUCCGGAUUUCACCCAGAAGGAACACUUCCUCCGAUUGACCACCCGCGAGCAGGAAAAGCUCUUGGACGUGACCAGUAAUCUGCAGCAGGACUAUCCCUACGAAGAAGUGAAAGACCUACAGGUGCUUCCACCAGCGCCCAAGCAGACUCGAAAUGAAGAGCCCAUCAACAAGAAGCCGGACAAAGUAUUCGCUGCCAAUUGGUAUUCCAGUCCCUCGGAACAGGCCGAACAAAUUCCCGAUCCGUAUCCAUCCGAUGUGCGACCACUGCACAAAAUUAAACCGCUGGUGACGGCCAUGCAUGCCAGUCACGUUGCACAAACGGUGCAGAAAAUUCAACCGCUGGUGAAUGCUAUGAAUGCAAGCCAUGUUGCACAAACGCUUCCGACGUCUGGUUUGCUCGGAUUCCCCGGAAACAAUGGGCCACCACGUCAGAUGGGUCCUCAGUCGGGCAAUAUGUUCCCACAGGGAGGAGGUCCACGGUUUCCGAAUAUGUAUCCUCAGCCGGUUCCACCACAAUUUGCCGGAGGGAUGCCACCAUUCGGUGGCCCCAAUCAGCAGCCAAUGAUGAUGGGUGGAAUGUCGAAUAUGGGUGGAAUGCCGAACAUGGGUGGAAUGCCGAACAUGGGUGGAAUGCCGAACAUGGGUGGAAUGCCACCGGUAGGAGGUGGACCACCGGACAAUCGCUGGAUGCAACAGCGGAUGGCGGCUAUGGCGUACAAUGUCGGUCCUGGUACGCGAGGGCCGAUGGACUUCGGUGGGAUCAAUAGGCCACCUUAUUUCAAUUAAGAUUAAUACCUAAAUCAGUUUUUAUAUAUAUUAUCUGAGAGAAUAAUGCGUGUCAAGAAUAUAA